CGCACCGUUUAGUUGCAGCCCGAGCCUCCGUCUCCGUCGUGCCCGUCGCCACCGCCGACCGCCCGCGCCGCCGUGAGCUCGAGGCCCGCACCUCCACGACCGCGGCCCUGCUCCGGCCCCACACGCGCACCUUCCCGACCCCGACCCGCCCCGCCGCGCCCGCCUCGCGCUCUCCUCCAUCCGCUUCUGCCGCGGCACCAAUUCCUCCUCCGCCUCCUCCAUCGACGCCGCAGCUUCCUCCGCCUUUGCCGCCACGGCUACCUCCUGCCUCACCUCCUCUCCCCUUCCGCCGCCUCCUCCUCCUCAUCCCCUCCCCCUCCCCGUCAGCCCCUGCGUCCUGCCCCGCCACCGUCUCGGCUCCCCGCGCUGGCGCCCCGGUGGCCGUGGAGCUGCCAUGCGGGAUGGCCGCCGGCUCGCGCGUCACGGUGGUGGCCCGGCCGACGAGGAGGGACGAGACGGCGUCGCCGCAGUUCAUGGUGGAGCUGCUCGGCACCAAGGCCGUCCAGGGGGAGGAGCCGCCCAGGAUCAGAGGCGACUUCACCGGCUGCCCCGUCAUCGAGCUCAACACCUGCUAUCGCAUGCAGUGGGCGCUGCCGCAGCGCUGCGAGGGCCCGACGUCCCGCUAUUUGUUCGUUAAAACCAACACAAAUUUCAUCAAAAUGGACUCGGGAAUGUCUGAACAGUGGAAGGCCUCACCUCUGCCGACUGAACCUGACGAGCUGUUCAUUGGCAUCCUUUCUGCAGCCAACCAUUUCGCCGAGCGGAUGGCCGUCCGCAAGUCAUGGAUGAUUGCUACAAGGAAGUCAUCUAACAGUGUUGGCCGGUUCUUCGUCGCUCUGGUAAACUUAUUUACAAAAUGGGAAAAAGAGGCCAACGAGGAGCUGAAGAAGGAGGCAGAGUUCUUUGGUGACAUUGUUCUGGUCCCUUUCAUGGAUAGCUAUGACCUCGUUGUUUUAAAGACUAUUUCCAUUGCUGAGUAUGGAGAAUGGGAAGAAGAAGUAUACCCACCUUACGCAAACGGACCGGGCUAUGUUAUUUCAUCAGACAUCGCUGAGUACAUCGUAUCUAAGUUUGACAACCAGAAACUAAGAAAGUUCGACAAGACUCGCCAGCCGGUGGAGUAUUCGCACGACGUCAAGUUCUUCCAGGCCGGCUGCUUCGACGGUAACUACACCGCGCACUACCAGUCGCCGCAACACAUGAUCUGCCUCCGGAGGAAGCUGCAGCCCGGGAGCGCUCAAUGCUGCAACGCCAGAUGACAAUGAGACUGCUUGGUAGUUGAAAAGCAACACCCGGCUCUCUGGAGAAUCAAACAGCAAGGAUGAGUUCGAGUUUGAUCUUGAUUUGGAGGCCCUCUGGAUAGUUAGCUUGCGUAAUUCGCUCAUUCUUUUGGUCAGUGGCUGGUUAAUUCAGCUGCUGAUUCUGACACUAGCUAGAUGCUGACACCAUGUACAUGUGUCAAUUGUUUUUGAUCUAGGAACUAACAGCUUUGCUGAUCUCACUUGUAUACCGGUUGUUCUUAUAUAUACAUAUUAGAUGUUUCGAGUAAAUCA